AUGUUUUUACGCUUAAGAUUGCUAAGGCCUUUGCACUGUUUAUUAGAUGCAGAACCAUCAUCCCUUGUGGCCACAACAAAGAUUAUCAUCUCUCUCGUUAGCAGUUACAAGUAUGAUAUCUCGCCAAUUCUUGAUGAAUUACCUGAAGAUUCAAAAAUAAGAAGUGCAGUUAGUUCAAAAAUCGCAAAUCUCUUUAUGGUUUUAACAAAGGAUUUGGCGAAGGAUUUGGUACAGGAAAAGGUAGACCUAACAAAGGAUUUAAUGCAGAAACUAGCAGAUGUAAAGGACGAAAAAUCAGAACUAACAAAGGAUUUAAUGCAGAAACUAGCAGAUAAUGAUAUCAAAUACCGCACUGAACUUCUUUUACGAUCAAAAAGGAUGUGUAAUGUGAAAGGUGCUUUAGAGUUCAUCAGAUCAAUGGAUAAAACUACCUCAUUUCGUGAUCCUACAGACAGUGUUUUAAUGAAAUUGGUACAAGAUGCAAAGUUUGUGUCAUAUUUAAAACAAAUAUGCUUAGCUAAUAAUUCUCGAUACAAAGAUGUGGAAAAGUGUAUGGGUGGUCUUUACCAUACUGUAUCAAAACAAUUACAUGGCCAUGAUAAGGAUAUUGAAAUUGAUGCACGAGACUGGAGUGUGAAUGAAGUACUAACACUAGGUGCUCUUUUUCAUUAUUAUAAUAUUCCAUAUUAUUAUGAUGAAGAGGGGCAAUUAACUGAAUACCUUUACAUUUUGCAAAAUAGUUCUGUUAAUGGGAUCUCAUAA